AUGAGGGUGAACAACAGUUUUGGUCAAAAAAAUGUUAAACAAACAAAAGUUGUUAUCAUUGACGAAAUUUUUAUUCUGUCUCAAAAAAAGUUUUACCAACUUGAAGCUGUUUGUAGAACAAAACAUGAUAAGAGAAAAUACUUUUGUGGGCUCCAGGUCAUACUUUGUGGAGAUUUUUAUCUGCUGCCGCCAGUACCUGAUGAUCUACACAACGACAGCGGCAGUUUUUGUUUUGAAAGUGAAGUUUUUAAAAACUGUGUAACGCAUAAAAUCAAUUGGAAAAAAGUAAUGCGCCAGGAAGAAGAUCUUCUAGUUCAAUCUGUGAGGGAAACUGCACUUGGGAAUAUUUCAGAUGAAGUUGACAAGUUUUUGAAAAGAUUGGAGAGGACAAUGCCAGCUGAUAUUGAGACAGUCCACCUAUUUUCAAGAAAUAUUGAUGCUACCAUUUUCAAUUUUAGCUUCAAACUUUCUUCAUUUAAAAAAAAUAACUGUCCUGUUAUUCUUCUCAUCGAUCUUGGUGGAAAACUAGUAAAUGGCCUGAAAGGAUGUGUGAAAUCUUUACAAGAUGACUCAGUGACUGAUUUAUUUUCUGAUAUAAAUCAAACUCAUGACAUUAAGAGACAUUUGUUCUCAAAAUACGGUAUGACAAGAAAAUGUGUUGUAGCCGAGCGUGAGCAGUUUUCUCUUGUCUUAGGCUAUGGUAUGACAAUUCACAAAGCCCAAGGCAUGACACAUGAAUAG